GGAAAGAUAGUUUCACUGCAGAUAGUAACCCAUCAUGGCUUGGAAAAGCACACUUUUAAGUGCUUUAAUUCUUCAUCUAUUAUCACCAGGAGCCGGACAGAACAUGGACCCUGAUGUCCUGAUGGAUUCAAUCUUUCCUCCAGCCAGACCUUCACUUUACAAUCUCAACUCGCUCUGUCUUCAUGGCAAAGGCCGCUUCAGAUAUACUGCUGAAAGCUUCCCUCCAUCCAGUUUUGCUCAUGCUCGUCGUGCUGGAAAGACGAUAAACAGGCUCGAAGCUUGGUUCGGUCAGUGCUGCUAUGAAGGUUUGGCCCACAAAAACGGACAGAUGCUUUGCUGCGCUAAACAAGCAUGGGAAACUGCCUUGUCUUAUUUCUGCCUUGAGGAGUUCUCCACCAAGACCCUGGUCCAUGAAUGCUGUGAGAGGAAAGGAGGGGAAAGGUGGGACUGCUUUGAAAAAGAGGCUCCUAACCCUUAUUACCAACCUCUACCUGGUUAUAUUGCACCCAUAAUACCACCUGACAGGUUUUUCACCUGGGAUCCCAAUGCCUGUUAAAGUCUGACUGAUAACCUGAGCAUUAGUUUAGUAUCACUAGAGUCUGAAUAUAUCAUAAAAUGUGAAAAAUAUGACUCUACACAUCAGUAUAUUUGUCUUCACAUGCAUGCCAUAG